AUGAAGCUUUGCCUCCUCCCCUUCUUCCUCUUCUGCUUCCUCUCCUCCUCCUCUUACUCCCACCCUCACCCAUUCGACCCCCUCACUCCCUCUGAACUCUCAACCAUCCGCUCCAUCAUCACCUCCUCCCAUCUCAACGCCUCCUCCUCCCUCUCCUUCCACUAUGUGGGUCUCGACGAUCCCGACAAAUCCACCAUCCUAUCCUGGUCGGCCUCCUCCUCCCCCCUUCCCCCUCGCCGCGCCUUCGCCAUCCUCCGCGCCGACCGCCAAACCCACGAACUCAUCAUCGACAUCACCAAAGCCUCCAUCAUCUCCCACCACAUCUACCCUGGCCCCGCCUACCCAUCCUUCAACAAUGAAGAGGAAGCGCAAGCCGGAUUGCUUCCAAUGAACUACAAGCCAUUUUUGGAGUCAGUGAGGAAGAGAGGAGCGAAGAUUGAGGAUGUUGUGUGUACAUCGUAUGCGAGAGGGUGGUUUGGGGAAGAGAAGCAGAACAGGAGGAGAGCCGCGGUGCUCUGCUUUGUUGCCGGCGAGACGGCGAACUUCUAUGCGAGGCCAAUUGAGGGAGUAACGAUAACGGUCGACUUAGAUGAUAUGGAGAUAGUGGAGUAUAGGGAUAGAGUGGUAUUGUCGGUGCCGGCGGCGGAAGGAACAGAGUAUAUGGCGGCGAGGCAACGGUCGCCAUUUGGACCAAGGGGGAACAGGGUCGUGGUGGUGCAGCCGGAGGGGAAGGGCUUCAGCAUCCAUGGCCAUAUGAUCAGGUGGGCCAAUUGGGACUUCCACCUGGCCUUCGACCUCCGUGCCGGCGCCGUGAUCUCCCUGGCCUCCAUCAACGACACGUCCGCCACCAUGGCCGGUCGGAAGAGCGUUCUCUACCGGGGCUUUGUGUCGGAACUCUUCAUCCCCUACAUGGAUCCUUGUGAGGAAUGGUACUUCAAGACGUACAUGGAUGCCGGUGAGUAUGGCUUUGGCCUCCUUGCUUCGCCGCUUGAGCCAACGGUCGAUUGCCCGCCCAACGCCGAGUUCAUGGAUGGUUACUAUGCGGCUCAGAAUGGCGAAACUCUCCGCAUAUCCAACGUCUUCUGCAUCUUCGAGCGAUAUGCGGGUGAUCCUUCGUGGAGACAUACAGAGACUUUGCUUCCGGGAGAAAUAAUCACUGAGAGCAGAGAAGAGGUGAGCUUAGUUGUCAGAAUGGUUUCAACCGUUGGAAACUAUGACUACAUGAUUGACUGGGAGUUUAAGACCACUGGCACCAUCAAAGUUUCGGCGGGUCUUACCGGAAUUCUGGCCCUUAAAGCCUCCACCCAUACCCACACCAACCAAAUCAACACCGACGAACACGGCGAGCUCGUGGGCCGCAAUACCAUCGCCGUCUACCACGACCACUUUGUCACCUUCCACCUCGACCUCGACGUCGCCGGUCCGGCCAACUCCUUCGUCAAAGCCAACCUCAAAACCGUCCGGUCCAACUCGGCCCAUCCCACGCCGAGGAAGAGCUACUGGACCGUCGUCAGGGAAACGGCGAAGACCGAGGCGGACGCACGGAUCCAACUCGGCAGCACGGCGUCGGAACUGCUUAUUGUCAACAACGGGGUGAGAACUGCGUUGGGAAACGCGGCAGGGUACCGUCUGAUUGGCAGUAAUGCGGCGGCAACAUCGCUUUUGAGUGAUGAUGAUUACCCGCAGAUUCGAGCGGCGUAUACAAAGAAGCAGUUGUGGGUGACGCCGUAUAACAGGGAGGAGAAAUGGGCAGCCGGCCUUUAUGCGGAUCAGAGCAGGGGAGAUGAUAAUUUGGCCCAAUGGAGCAUGAGGAAUCGAUCAAUUGAAAAUACAGAUAUUGUGUUGUGGUACACAGUGGGGUUUCAUCACAUUCCAAGCCAAGAAGAUUUUCCAUUAAUGCCAAUGUUGACAGGUGGAUUUGAGCUACGACCCUUCAAUUUCUUCGAGAGAAAUCCGUUGAUUAACACUGAACCAUUUAAUAAGGUUUUGUCAGCUCAGUCGACUACUCAGACCAGCAAAAUGGCUCAAGUGUGA